AUGGACUUUUUGAAUCGCUUACUCGGUAGAAACACCGAUACUAAGUACAAGUAUCGCGGCGCCAAACUCCCGAAAGAACCUCUGACGCCACGCGAAAUUGAGGAGAUGCACAGGAAGCUGCAUCCCGAUACGCACAGAGAUAACGCGUGGGAGCCAGAGCCCAAUUUUGACACUCGCGACUGGAGUGUGCCCUAUACUCAAUCGCUGGAAGAAAAGUUCUCUGCUGUCGGCUCGCUACAAGAUGCGCAAUCGGAAUCAUUGCUGUUUAGCAAAUUGCCACUAGAGGUGCGCAUGCAGAUCUGGCGCCUUGUCAUGGGGAAUCAUAAGGUGCACUUGACCGUGCAUCGUGGCGGACUCAAACAGUCUGCGUUUGAGUCAGAGAAUUAUCAGUGGUUACCGCAGAGAAGACUCUUGAAAGUCCCUCUGAUUUGUCGCGCAGCAUAUAUGGAGUCCAUCUCGUACCUCUACUCUGACAACACCUUCUGCUUUGGCUUCGGCCAAGCGAGCUCAAAGUCAGCGCUCACAUCGCUGGACACUAUGCUUCCAUGCAACACAUCGAAUCAGUACUACGACAGCCACCCUCAAGCCUGGGAUAUUACACUGGAUGUUCCAGCGCCAGAGACUGAAACGCUAUGGAAUAAUGUCUGCGCCGAGCUCGUGAAACUAUCGCAUCUGCGGACGCUGCGGAUCGUGGUUUGGCUUUCUGGUGAUGGAAGAGCACAGUUCGUCGGGAUGGAGAGAGACAUGCUUGCACCGCUGGUUGCGAUGGGGCAUUUGGAGCGGUUUGUUGUUCAUUUGCCCUGGAAGCAAGACGAUACUGAGAUGUGGAAGGGUGCGCCGUUUUUGGUUUCUAGGCGAUUCAGGGUCAAGGAGAUGUAUGGUGUGAGCAUUCCAUUGCUUGAUGAUGACUUUUACUGGUCAGGCUCAGCUGCUCAACAUAGGAUCUAUAGGUGAGCAGUUGGUAGGAAGCUAGAGAAUAACUUAUCGCAGGCAGUCUUGUGGCGGUAGAAACCAAGAACCUAGGCACCUUCUCUUUUCCC